UAUAGAUGUAAACAAAUUACAAACAUACCUAUACAAAACGAUGAUGAUUACAUGUCAGUUUCAAUGGACUGUUUUAAUAAUUUGAUCAAGGAUGGUAAACUUUUAUUUUACUACAAAGAAAUUGGAGGUUUAUUCGGAGUGGGUAUCGACGAGCUCAGCAAAUGCAUAGCUGAAAAUAAAAUAGGAAUAAUAGAAACAACACUGGAAGGAGCUUUGGUACUGAGACACACAGCUUGUCGUCCGCACUUGGUCUUGUGUGUGGCAGAGGAUACGAAUAGUUACAAGGAGAAACUAAACACAUUUUUCACUGAAUCAAAUCUGUGGAACAGGUUUAACUCAUCCUUAAAUAAAUGUUUUGUUGACUCAUUUGAAGAUCUUGAAGGAAAUGAAACAUCUUCAGUUCAAUUUGAAACAGCUGAUGAAUCUACAACAAAGUUUCCUACUUCAAAUCUGAGUUACCAGUCUGUCCUAGUUUCAGAGACAAACCUUUCGAGUCAGCAACGUACUACAAAUCAGUCGCACUUAUCUGAUGUGAGAGCUACCACAAAUUACCAAGAUGAUACAAGUGACGAGUUCAAGUGGGAGUGGACCUACGAGCCCAGUGUCGUCUACGAUGUUGAGCCGAGCGAGAGCCACCAGAACAUGCUCAGAGGUAGAGAGACGUUCGUACAGUACAUGUUGCACCAACAGGACAUGUAUGUGGAGAUGAACAAUGCUCAUCCUUCCUUGUUUGCCGCAACUGUUUAUUCUGAUGACGUUGAAAAAGCAGCAAAACAAGUUGGAAAAACUUGCUGUAACAUUUAUAACAAGAGAGGACAAUUAAUUAAAUCUGAAACAAUUCUUGACCAACCAGUUUGCAGGAACUAUGUUGAAGCGAGAGUUGAAUCUUUACUGAAGGACUUGGUCAAUAUCCCAUCUUGUGUAUAAUGUACUU